CUGCCCCUUUAAACGGGACGUUGACGUCAUUUUCACAAGUGCGCAGCGUUGGACCGGAAGAAAGUGGGUGUUAGCUGACUGACGUUAGCAAGCUACAAUUAACAAGUCUGCUUGGGUUCUAUGGAAGAGAUGUCAGGAGAGAGUGUGGUGAGCUCGGCAGUGCCAGCAGCUACAACCCGGACAACAUCCUUCAAGGGCUCCAGCCCCAGCUCUAAAUAUGUGAAGUUAAAUGUGGGCGGGGCACUGUACUACACUACAAUGCAGACACUAACCAAACAGGACACAAUGCUCAAAGCCAUGUUCAGUGGCAGGAUGGAGGUCCUCACAGACAGUGAAGGCUGGAUUUUGAUUGAUCGCUGUGGGAAACAUUUUGGAACAAUCCUUAACUACCUUAGAGACGGGGCAGUGCCGCUCCCAGACAGUCGACGGGAAACAGAGGAACUGCUUGCUGAGGCCAAGUAUUAUCUUGUCCAAGGCCUAGCUGAUGAAUGUACAGCUGCCUUGCAGAACAAAGAAACUUAUGAGCCCCUUUGUAAAGUGCCUCUGAUGACAUCGUCUAAGGAAGAGCAGAAGCUUAUUGCAACCUCAAAUAAGCCUACUGUCAAACUGCUGUAUAACAGAAGCAACAACAAAUAUUCAUAUACCAGCAAUUCUGAUGACAACAUGCUGAAAAAUAUUGAGCUGUUUGACAAGCUGUCAUUGCGAUUCAACGGCCGGGUGCUCUUCAUCAAAGAUGUGAUUGGGGAUGAGAUCUGUUGUUGGUCCUUUUAUGGCCAGGGGCGUAAGAUUGCUGAAGUGUGCUGCACCUCCAUAGUUUAUGCCACAGAAAAGAAGCAGACAAAGGUGGAGUUCCCAGAGGCUCGAAUCUAUGAAGAGACCCUCAACAUCCUCCUGUACGAGUCCCACGAUGGCAGGGGUCCCGACAAUGCUCUUCUGGAGGCCACAGGGGGCGCUGCAGGACGAUCUCAUCAUCUGGAUGAGGACGAGGAGCGAGAACGAAUUGAGCGUGUUCGUAGGAUUCAUAUCAAACGACCUGAUGACCGCACUCACCACCACCAGUGACCUUUUUCUUUCUACUCGACCUGUCAGCCUGUGUCUCUGACCCUGGACAGUCUUUUGCACCACGAUCGUGCCUUACAUCACCCAGCGCCUCUCUGUCUCACUUAUUUUACCAGCUUUUCUCCAGGAGACUACUCUGAGAUGAGUGUCAUACAACAGUGUGUAGUGGUGAAGUGAUUUUGUGAGUGUUUGUGCGUCUGUUUGUCGUUCUUGUCUUGUGGUCUGACAGGCUGCAGUGUUUUGUUCUGUUUGUUAGUCAUAAUAACUUUUGUCACUGUUUUCUGCUAGUGUGCAGGAGCCAAUAGACAUGGAUGUUUGCAUCCAGUACUGCAGGCAACCACAGUUUUACCUGAGUUUUUGGAAGAACAACAAUAUGGUAUUGUUGGGUAUAAACCUUGUUUUUUGAAGUCCUAACUGUGUUAAAUUCAGGAGAUCAAGAA